AUGUGUUUAACAUUUAGCAAGGUUGAGAAAAAUAAAAAUAUUUUAUUAAAACUAAAUAAAGAAGAGGUACCUCAAACAGAAUUUGGUCCACCAAGAUGUGUUGGCUAUUUUAGUAAUGGUGAAGGUUCAUGGUCUCCAGAUGCUUCACAAUUAAGCUACUUUUACCCACUUGAAUUAUCAAACAUACAUAUUGAUUUAAAUCAUGGAAUUGAAACGAUUGAGCCAGAUUUCAUAAUGACACGUUCACAAUUGAGAAAAAUUAUGAUUGCAAUUUAUGAUGAAAAAGCAAGGUGGAUAAUUCGUGCUGUAAAAUUUAGAGGUACAAUUUAUCUAUGUCCUCUUGAUACUGAAGAGAAUAAAAGAUGGGCAUCAAAUAUACCUCACCGACAGAAAGAACAUAUGCUCUGGGGAUAUAAUUUUGAAAAAUUUAUUUUUACCUCUGAUCCUCAGCAACCACCUGACUUGUCACAAGCAGUAAAUACAGCUGAAACAUUUAAUUGUAUGUUUCAAGCUAAUUUAAAUAAUAAAUUGUUAAUGUACAGUGCUGAAAUUGAUGGAGUUAUAUCAGAUAAAAAAUAUGAUGAACCAUUGCCUCUUGAUGAUUUAAAAUUCAUUGAAGCUAAAACAAUUAAAUAUCAACUACCUAACAAUUCAGAAUUAAAAUUUUUAAACUGGUGGUGCCAAAGUUAUACAGCUGGAAUUGAAAAUAUCAUUUGUGCAUUUACCAAUUGUAAGGGUUUAUUGGAACACUGA